UUGCACAUCGGAAAAGGCAAAUAGGAAGAUGGCAGCUGGCGCGAAUUCGAAACGGGAACUCACGACAAGAACCAGAAGCCAUCAGAACAAUAGAGAAGAGAUCAUCAGCAACUUUUGGAGGAUAUUGUAAAGUAAAGACUGCAGUCUUCCAUCUCCAGAGAAAGUAACAUUGAAAAUGUCAAUGCGAGAUAGUCAUCGCCUGUUCCUUCAAUCAUUCAUGUCUCGUGGACUGCUGGAUGCCAAAGAAGUCAGACUGCUCUUCAGAACUGUGUGUCUGAAAUUCAACGAGCCUACUGCUGCCAAAGAAGAGGACAGAAAACUACAACUUCUUGAUUUUGUCCGCACCAUUAACAUGAAAAUCCGUCCAUUUCACAUGGAAAUCAAGAAGGGUGUGAGUGAGGAUGAAGGUGUCAGCUACUACUGCCUGGUCUGUACAAAUGAAAGUGCCAUUACAAAAUUGGCCUCCGAUUAUACGCAGAGUGAACUGGAAUUCUUCAAAAAGCUGGUUGACCAGAUUGUGGAUAAUGAGGGAGAAAUUGGAUCUACUGCUGCUGUCAACAUUGUUGACAAACUCGAUAAAAACAUGAAAAAGAUGACACGGCAGGAUGCACAGUCGCUACUACAGAGACUAGAAUCAGCUAAGUGGAUCAUUAUACACAAGGGAACUGGAAUAGUUUCCUUGUCAACGAGAUGUUUGUUGGAGCUAGAACAGUAUAUUCUAGAUGUGUAUGGAGCUGAGGAUGAAAACCUCAAAUGUAACAUGUGCAACAAACUUUGUGUUAAGGGCCAGAGCUGUGAUAACUGUCAAACCAAACUCCACCUACACUGUGCCAGUAGGUUUUUCCAGAACAAAGACAAUCCCAGGUGUCCCAAUAAAACCUGUGGGACAUCUUGGCCUCACCCAGUCCCCAAGAAAGGUCCUUCAGCUGAUACACAGAGCAGCCAGGUACCAUCUACCUCAACCUGUACAGAUGCUUUUUCUGGCCGCAAAAGGAAACUACGAUCUUGACCUAACUUGAAGAACUCUUCUGUUGUGGGACUGAUUCUCCUCUAAAGAGAUGUAGAUUCUAGUAUAUCAGUUGGCUGACAAGAAUCCUUAGCAGUCAUGAUUCUGUGGUAUAGACACAAACACACUACAGGAGCUAAUUGUUAUAUGAUACCAUGAACAAUACUACUAUUGAACUUCUUUGAACUUUGAUAAAAAUAUCAGUUGGUAAAUGUCAUCAUAAAAGAGACAGUGAAAAUGCAUCAAUCUUUGUCGUAACUUUUAAAAAUUGCAAGUUGUGAAUGAAUUGUAAAUGUUUUAAUCAUAUAAACUAGUGCCAGAAAUCAUUAAUACCAUGAAA